UUAGGGGCGUUUUAUUCCCUUUGAUGUUUUCGCGUUGGCUGUACAAAAGGUCUAAAGCGUGUCAUAUAACAUGCAGAGAACUUUUAGAUUCCCAAUUUUAGUCCUUAUGAAAAAUAUAGUUUUUAUUAGACACCCUCCAACUUUAUUUUUAUACUUAUAAACCCACCAAUGUAACGACGACGCUUCGUGAAAAUGAUGGUCAAUUAUUCGCGCUUCGCCUUCCUUUUUUGUCUUCUCAGAACAGAAGCAGGACGUGGCACCGUCCACCUUACGUCACUUGCUUCCUUCCGCUAAAACUAACGGCAUCACGUCGGCAGAGCACUAUAGUCAAACCGUACUGUUACUUCGGUUCUGUUAAACCGGUGAUACCCAUGCUAAUCCGACAUGAUCAAACCGAAUAAUUAAAAAAUACUUGAAAAUUGUGAUGAAAUAUUUCAAUUAUUUAUAGAGAAGGAAAAUUUAAUGCAAUUACGUAAACAUAUACUCGAAAUUAAAAUUUUGGUACGGUUUUAGGCUCCGUAACCGGUUUUACCAAUCGAAUUAUAACGGCGUUGAGUAAAACCGUCAGAAAAGACUUUGUAUUCGUCUCUUUCACACUCUCUCUCUCCCUCUUAAGGAAAGAGAAGGGAGGAAGGAACGAAGCAAAGCAAAGCAAAGCAAAGCAAAGCAAAGCCUCGCAGUGUUUACGUAUCCGUUUCUCACUCUACAAAUCCACCGCUCUUAUGUGAAACUGUCUUCGUUUCCAAGUUCCGGGAGCAGGUUUUGAGGUUUCAUGCCCCCCAAACAAUCUACGCUAAGCUAAGCUAGAGUAGUUUCCACACUCUUCAGUUAUGGGGAAUGCUUGCUGUGUUGCUGCUCAUGACAAAAUGGUACUCCCUAAUACAUCGGCAGUGGAAGGUUUGCAGAGAAACAAUGCUAGGUACUCUCCUAAUUGGAGCUUUCGGUGGGAUAAUAGAGGACGAGUGGCUGGUGAAGACACCUCUUUAAGUUGGUUAUCUGAUGGGAUUAGUCGUAACGAUGGGUCUGAUCUCAAAUCCGAAUCUGCUUUUGUAUCAUCACAAGGCUCUCCUUUGAACCAUCUCCAGACUCAGUCAUGGCAAAAGUCUCCUGCUUCCGAUCAAUCGUUUUCAAGAAAUGCAUCCAUGGACACAGUCUCUGAACAGAUCACCCAGAAUCAUGUUAAACGUUCUGUUUCAUUAGCUUCUCAACCAUCAUCCUUCUCCACAUCUCCACUCUCUUCCCAUAGCCACUUGCCACUGCCACCGGCUACUAGUUCAUCGACUCUGAAACUGACACCACGCACUCGUCUAUCGAAACAAGUCUCAGAUAGUCAGAUCUUGGGAUUCAACUCACCAACUGAAGAGAGGCUUGGAAGCGAGUCUCAUUCUGGGCCGUCUGAUGGUUGGUCCAUGCAAGCCUUUUCCGAAAUGAUGGCGUAUUCUCGAAGAGAGUCUUGCUCCUAUGACAACGAGUGCUUAUCAGGUCUUGGACGCGGCAAGAUAGACCAUCAAGGAAACGGAAAGUCCAGUGAUCAGCAAACCUGCGGUGCUUGCUCUAGACCCUUGUCUCAGAAAUCGUUGCUGAGCAGCCAGAAGAUCUUCGCCACCAACGAGCUCUCUGUAGCUGCGAUUCUAGCUUGUGGGCACGUCUAUCAUUCCGAGUGUUUGGAGCAGAUGACACCUGAGGCCGACAAAUUCGACCCUCAGUGUCCCGUCUGCACGUUGGGCGAGAAAAGAACAUUCAAGCUGUCGGAGAAAGCAUUGAGGGCAGAUUUGGAUUUGAGAGCUAAACAGAACAAGAUGCUAAGGAAACAUGUUGUGGACAGGGAUGACUUUGUCAUGUUUGAUCACAUGCCCAAUGCAGCAGCAGCAGCAGCAAGCGGUAGUGGUGGACACAAAGGCAAAGUCUCCAAGCUGUUAACGAGCUCAAGCUUGAGAAGCUAUUCACCAAAGCCUUUCCUUGCGAGACACUUCUCUUUCGGGUCCAGAAGUAACAGUGUCAAAUCCCCUAAAGAGAAUCAUUCGGCGAGGAAGAAGGGAUUCUUCUGGACCAAAUCUAGCAAACUUUGAAACUGUAAAGGCAUCUUCACUUGUGAGUAAAGUCAUAAGUUGAAUCUUUGUGCCAGAUUUUUUUUUGCUGAUGUUUCUCUCCAUAAGCUUUGCCCCAAGUCAACGUUGCGGAUACUUAUCAACAAUACACACUUGUUUGUGUAAUAGAAUUUCUCACAAAUAUAAGCACUCUUUCUACCAUUUAUUUUUCCACAUUCCAGAAUUUUCACACUUGUAAAUAUAAUAAUUAUAUAUAAUUUAAGUGAACAAAUUAAUGAUUAGAAUAA